AUGACUCUCCCAGAACCACAAUCUCCACGCACUGGCCUCGCCCUCUCCGACCUCGGCACCACCACCAGCUCGUACUCGGUGGGCGGUGCAGGCAUCAGCGGACUGGCAAUCUCAUCACACGGCGGCAGCUCCAACUGGUCCACACGAGGCGUGGGCGGUAUUGGCGCAGGCAUUGGCGUUGGCGGCGGUGCUGGCAUUGGUGGUGGUGCAGGUUUGGGCGGAUUAACUGGCGCCGGCAACAACGGAUCAUCGGUAUGUUUUUGAGGUCGGUUUUGCACUCUUUUAGCACUAUUUAGAGGGGCUUAGGCUUAGAGGUAGCGGGGGUGUUUUAGAGUUUUUAGGGACGUGAUUUAGCGUUUUAGGCUAGUUUUUGUUUUGUAUGAUAGUGUUUAAAUCGUGUGGCGUAGUUAAGGUAUAGUAGAGUACAGUAGUGUAGGGUAGGGCAGAGUGUGGUAGACGUUUUAAAAUUACAACACCUUUUGGGCCUAAUAACUAUUUUUAAACAUAAAAAACCAUUUUUAAGCCUAAAAAAUCAUUCUUAAGCCUAAAAAACAGUUUUUAAGCAUAAACAUUAUUUUUAAGCUUAGAUAUCAUUUUUAAGCCUAAAAACUAUCUUUAAGCUUAACAAACUAUUUUUAAGCCUAAAAGAUCAUUUUUAAGCUCAGAUAUCAUCUUUAAGCCUAAAAAUCAUUUUUAAGCUUAAAAACCAUAAUUAAGGCUAAAAACCUACUAACAGCCAAAAAAAAAUUUUUUAAGCCGAAAUUAAAAUUCCAAGCUUAAAAAUCAUUUUUCGCAAGCCUAAAGUCCUGAUUUAAAAAAUUAUAAGCGUUUUUCGGCAAGUUUUUUUUAUCCAGGUCAUGGUCAAGCGGGUUCAUCAACGCACUUUGUUCAUAAAAACCGAAAUGCGGGGUUUUUUGUAAAUUUUUCGAGUUUCCGCAGCUGAUUUGUCCCAGUUUUGUUUGUGGUCAAGGUUGUUUCGUAGGCGAAUUAGGGGUGAAUUUGUUUUAGUAUGUAAGUCAAUAGUCUUUAGGCUGUAAGAAUACUGUAUAAUUGGAAAAUAGAGGCUAGGAACGGAACAGUGAGGUCAUAAAAUGGGAUGAUAAAAGUACGGGCAUACUGUAACAUGGAAAACAUUAAAAUUUUGAAAUUUUUAGAUAGGGAGAAGGGAGUGAGAACAAGGGGUGGUAAAAAAACUACAAAAAAUUUUAAGUUGCACAGGGGACCAUGUUUAACAUUUUUAAAAAUUUUAAAAAAUUUGAAAAAAAAAUUUUUUUAAUGUCAAAAUUUCAAAAAAUUUCCGAAUUGAAAGUGACUUUCACUAAUCCAGGUAGACUUCCCAGAUUUGUGAUUCCAGAAAGCCGCCCGCGGGCACAGUUCGAUUAAUCAACCCAAAAGUCGGUCAUUCGAAUUAGCGCGGUCGCUUCGUAUAUAAGGCAUUGAAAUGUUUUUUCAUCAUUCCUUGGGCGAUGGGAUUAGGUACGGCUGUCCGUUUACUUCCUUACCUUUAUCGUUAAGGGGUGUUUCGAUGGCUUAUUAGGUUUUCUUUGAAAGAGAAUGGGGGAAGGGGGGAGUGAUGUAGGGGGGUUUUAAAAAUGAGAAAGGGUAAAGUUGAGGGUUUAAGGAGGAUAAGUUCUAUAGGACCUAUCGAAAGAGGUUGCUAAAGCCUUUAUGCUUUUUUGAAAGGGGUAGAUAAGGUCUUUAGGGCCUUUAGGAAGAAGUUGAUAAGGUUUUGAAGGGAUUUAAGAAGUAAUGCAAAUUUAUGUAAGUAUUUACUGUAGAAGUUGUGCUAGGCGUACUAGACUACAAGCAGUGUUGAAAAAUUUAAAAUCUUAAGUUUAGUACUAAAAAAAUUUCAAAAUCUUAAGUUUAGUACUAGCAAAAGGUUAAAAACGUAACUCUAGUAUCACUAAAACUUCAAAACCUACAGCUACUUACCACUAUACUAUAAGCUUUGAUACUAAAGUUUAAUUUCAACUCUAUCUGACUACACUAAGAACACUCACUAUCACACUAUACCCCUUACACCACUAAUAGAACCCUAUUUUCAGAAUUUCGGCUUCGGAAACUCGUAUAUGCAGAACUGCGGUAUCUCGUCCAGUGACUACGGACUUUUCAAAAAUUAA